UAAACUGGGCGGCCCACUUGGAAACAAAAAUAAAUACAGCUACCGUAACCUUCUGGCAAUGCCGUAGAAUGUUGGGAAAGACAUGGGGACUUGCCCCGAACAUCGUACUAUGGCUCUACACAGCUGUGAUACGACCUAUGAUAUGUUACGGCGCAGUUGUAUGGUGGCCACGCACCAAGCUGAUCACUACUUGUAAUAAACUGCAACGAUUCCAAAGACUAGCGUGUAUGGCUAUCACAGGAUGUAUGCGAACUACACCUACCGCGCCUGUAGAAGCUAUGCUGAAUCUUCCGGCACUACACCUCUAUAUAAAACAAGAGGCGGCCUGCGCCGCAGUAAGGUUGAAGACAUUAAAUCUUUGGAAAACCACUCAAUCCCCACACCCAGAGGUUCUAAAUGAGGUGAUUGAAAAGGAGCCUCUGCUGUUGGCAGUAAGUGAUAGAUCUCCAAAGGAAUACAUAUUCGAUAAGAGAUACAAAAUACAGCUGUAUGAAGAACUGAAAGAGGACCUCAGUACAAAAAACCUCAGGAUUUUCACAGAUGGCUCAAAGACAAGGUCGGGCACGGGAUACGGAGUGUUCUCGGAUGACCUAAAUAUAAGAAUAGCUGCAUCACUAGGAGCUCAUAACACUGUCUUCCAAGCAGAAUGUAUGGGUAUCAUAGAAGCAGUCACUGCUACUUUGACUCGAAAGGUAAAAGACUACUCCAUCCGCAUCCUUUCAGAUAGCAAAUCAGUACUACAAGCCCUACAAAGCCACACUAUCACCUCUAAGCUAAUAUACAACUGUCACCAAUGUCUGAGGGAGUUAUGCGAAAAUAACAACCAAGUAACUCUUCAAUGGAUAAAGGGACACAGUAACUCACGAGGGAAUGAUGCCGCUGAUGAAUUGGCCAGGAGAGGCUCAGCGAUGACAGCAAAAGGACCAGAACCAACUAUCCCUCUCCCGCCUAGCUGGCCUACGAAGGUGUCACCGACAGCCCACUGUGCAGAGCCUGCACGGAGGCGGACGAAACGGCCGCACACGUCAUUUUGGAGUGUAGGAGUGUGGCCUCAUACCGGGCCAAACACCUGGGGUCACCGAGGACUCUCCCCGAGGUCAUGGGUGACAUCAGAGGUUUGAUACAUUACCUUGAGGAACUAGGGUGGCAGGAUUAGCCGCCCUCCUCACCACGCAAAAUAGGCGCGCUGUAGUCGUCGAGUUGCGGAUAAUAGCCCGUGAUAACCUAUAACC